GCCUGCGAGCGGGGAGGGCCGGGACGGGCCGGGUAUCACCCCCCCACCCACCUUGGCUGUGCCCGGGAGAGGGAUCUCCGUGCUGGAAGGGAGGACCGGAGGCACCGGCGGGCCUGGGAGGCCGUGGAGCGGUGACCCAGCCAUCGCCCCUCGGUGCUGCUGUUGCUCCGAGCUAGAAAGAGCGCAAAGAAACAGAAUCUGACCCUGGAGAGAAAAAAGCGGAUCCUGAGCAAUUCCUAAAGCUUGACGUAACUGCUGUCAGCAAGAACGUUAGUCCCCAUGAGGCGACCGGAGCGGCUAUGAGGAAAAGAUCCCACGAAAGUCCCAGCCUCAGGAAAAGCCCCCUCGGACCCAGUCCCAAGAGGUUGUCUCCCUGGAGAAGCAGUCCCAGGAAAGACCACGCAUCGAGUUCUUUUAACUUGUCCCCGAGACAGCUCAUCGCCACUCCUCAAGCCAAGCGUCGCUCGUGGUGUCGUUCGAGCCUGAAGGGGACAAAACGCCGAAAAUCUCUGCCUCCCGUUCACCAAGACGUCACUGAAUUGAGCAAAUCAAUUAGCCUGGAUCUACCAGAGAUAGACCGGCUUUCUCUGCUGCUGUUGUCCAGUUUCCAGUUUUCGGCACGGAAGCUCGAACACGUCUUGAAGGAGACAGACGGCUUUAGCCCUGAGGCUUUCAGAGCUAACGUGCAGUCGGUUUCAGAAGACCUGAAGCGAUACGUGCAGAAGCUGAAGCGAGAUGGAACGCUGAAGAGCUGCGUGGAAGACCCUAAAGGGACCUCGCUGGACUCGGCUUUGGAUGAGUCGGUGGCCCAAGUGAAGGAGUACAUCGCCAGGUUCGCUGCCGAAGGUCAGGCCUGGGAUCAGCUCGUACUGCGCUACCAGGAGCGCGCUGAGGAAACGUCCAGGCGGCUGGAGGAAUGCAGGAGGAGCCGGGGCCGGGCAGAGCCUCUGAGCUCCCUCCAGACAUCCCAGGCCGGGGUCCUCGGCACCAAACCCGACUACCAGAAGAUCCUGGAGGAGCAGGGGGAGGUCCUGCGCUGCAUGGAGCUUGUGGGGGGGGUUUCUUUGGGUUCGCAGCUGGACGAACUACAGCAGGCAGCGAAGGUGCUGCAGGCCUUCGGUGAGGACAGCCGGCAGUACCUCCGGCGCCUGUCGGAGCAGCUCGCCGCGAGGACCUUCCGCCACCUGGAGAACUCCCCCGUGCGCAAGCUGAUCGCCGCCCCGCCGAGGAAGACGCCAGCACCGGACGGCUGAGCGGGGCGGGGGGCGCGGCCGGUGCUGUCGGUCAAUAAAGGCGGGGGGGGAGGGAGCCCGGUACCGAA